AUGGAAAAAUCAAUACUCGACAUCUUGGCGAGACCUCAAACGGGGCCACGAAAAACGCAACAAAAAACGCCACCCGAUACGGGACUCCCUACCAUGGGCGAGUCAAUACACAGAGACUAUGUAGGAAAGAGAAAACACACAAAAGGACUGCUAAUUCCCGAUGCAGUCAGAGAUUCCUUGCAGAGUAGGCCACCUCAGAUGUUCUUCUUUGACACACCAACUCGCCGCGACUUCCAUAAACACGAGUUGGAAGACUUUCAUUCCGAGUUUCCGAAUCUUUCUGAUACCAUCUCUUGGUUGAGGGACAAACGCAAGCAAGACGAUCGCGACCUUUUCGUGUCAGAGAGCCUGUACAGAAAUUGGAAAAAUCAUCCUUACCCUAUUACCAAAUACCUGGCUUGGAGGCUGGCAUGGAAUCUGGACAAUACGAUUGGGGACUGGGAUAGCCUAGAUAACAAUGACUAUACCAGAAGCCUCUAUACCGUCUUGGAUACAUAUAUGAAUGAGCAUCCGAAAACAGAUGUUAUAAUCAUAUUUGAUAGCAAAUAUGAAAAAGAAAAAGAUAUAGAAGAAGUGAACUAUUUUCUCGGGGUCUUGUGCCAUCUCUGUGCGUGGAUGCCCAAGUACGACUCUCGCCUUAAGGUCAUUGUUAUCUUCAAUGACCGCAACAAGUUGUGGGAUAAAUUCUUCUCGUACACCGAAUACCCCGGAACGGCCUUCGCAAAAGACCUCUGUACCGCACACAAGUUUAAUGGGGAGGGUUGGUUGCAGGUGUGGCCGGAGAAGAACGAGGCGAACAUGGCGAAGAAGAGAGUGAAGAAGGAGGCACAGUGA